AUGACCCACAAUCCUUUGCACAGCGGACAUAUGAGGAAGAGGGUCAAAGUUCAAGAUCGACUCGACCUAUCCUCAAGUCUGUUUGUCACCCUGCUGCUGUACCACCUGCAGCCGUACCACCUGCAGCCGUACCACCUGCAGCUGUACCACCUGCAGCCGUACCACCUGCAGCCGUACCACCUGCAGCCGUACCACCUGCAGCCAUACCACCUGCAGCGGUAUCACCUGCUGCUGUAUCACCUGCUGCCGUACCACCUGCUGCCGUAUCACCUGCAGUGGUAUCACCUCCUGGUGUAUCACCUGCUGCUGUAUCACCUGCAGCCGUAUCACCUGCAGUGGUAUCACCUGCUGGUGUAUCACCUGCUGCUGUAUCACCUGCAGCCGUAUCACCUGCAGUGGUAUCACCUGCUGGCGUACCACCUGCUGCUGUAUCACCUGCAGCCGUAUCACCUGCAGCCGUAUCACCUGCUGCCGUAUCACCUGCAGCCGUAUCACCUGCAGUGGUAUCACCUGCUGGCGUACCACCUGCUGCUGUAUCACCUGCAGCCGUAUCACCUGCUGCCGUAUCACCUGCAGCCGUAUCACCUGCUGCCGUAUCACCUGCAGCCGUAUCACCUGCUGCUGUAUCACCUGCAGCCGUAUCACCUGCAGUGGUAUCACCUGCUGCCGUAUCACCUGCAGCCGUAUCACCUGCUGCCGAACCAACCUGCAGCGCCGUAUCACCUGCAGUGGUAUCACCUGCUGCUGUAUCACCUGCAGCCGUAUCACCUGCAGUGGUAUCACCUGCUGCUGUAUCACCUGCAGCCGUAUCACCUGCAGCCGUAUCACUUGCAGCCGUACCACCUGCAGCGGUAUCACCUCCUGGUGUACCACCUGCUGCUGUAUCACCUGCUGGUGUAUCACCUGCUGCCAUAUCAUCUGCAGCUAUACCACCUGCUGCUGUAUCACCUGCUGCUGUACCACUAG